GUAUCCUCCAAUCAGACUCCACGGCAACACAACCUACACCAGCGCUACCAUGACGACCUCCCCCAGCUCGUACCAGCAGGAGCCCCUGACCCCCCCCAGACCCCCCCACUCCUCCUCCCUGAAGCCCAACCAGGUGGGUCAAGUGGUUCUGUAUGGUGUACCCAUCGUCUCCUUGGUGAUCGACCAUCAGGAGCGGCUGUGUCUGGCCCAGAUCUCCAACACCCUGCUGAAGAACUACAGCUAUAACGAGAUCCACAACCGCCGCGUGGCGCUGGGUAUCACCUGUGUUCAGUGCACCCCUGUCCAGCUGGAGAUCCUGAGGCGAGCUGGCGCCAUGCCCAUCUCCUCCCGCCGCUGUGGCAUGAUCACCAAGCGAGAGGCGGAGCGGCUCUGUAAGUCCUUCCUGGGGGAGAACAACCCCCCCAAACUGCCCGACAACUUCGCCUUUGAUGUGUCACACGAGUGUGCCUGGGGUAGCCGUGGUAACUUCAUCCCAGCGCGCUACAACAGCAGCAGAGCCAAGUGCAUCAAGUGUUCCUACUGCAACAUGUACUUCUCUCCUAACAAGUUCAUCUUCCACUCUCACCGUACUCCUGAAGCCAAGUACACCCAGCCGGACGCUGCUAACUUCAACUCCUGGAGACGCCACCUGAAGCUGUCAGAUAAAACCCCUCCUGAUGACCUGGCGUUUGCCUGGGAGGACGUGAAGGCCAUGUUUAAUGGUGGCAGCAGGAAGCGGUGUCUACCCUCAUCUCACUGCUCCCCCAUGGGGCCGGGGAAGGUUGUGAACUCUGGUCUGCCCCACAUGAUGACCCCUGACCUGGUCCAGAAGAGGAGCCGCUUCGAGGAGGAGGAGGACCUGGAUGGAAGCAGCCUGUCUCCCCGUAAGAACCCUCGCAGCUACCCGGUGAUCCCUGUGCCCAGUAAAGGGUUCGGCAUGCUGCAGAAGUUCGCCCACACUUCCCUGUUCCCCAGCCCCUACUCCUUCCCAGCCUUCAGCCUCUGUCAGAAGAAAGAUGACAGUGAGGUGGCUGGAGGACAGAAGAACACUGGUCUGUCAGGUCUGCUGUGGCCCGGUCGUAAAGACACCUUCUAUCCUCCAUUCUGCAUGUUCUGGCCCCCUAGGGCAGCUGGGGGCCUCCCAGUGCCCACCUACCUGCAGCCACAGCCCUCCGUCAACACUCUGUCCUCAUUGGCCGAGAGCCCCUCCCUCAGGCAGGCCUUCCUCGACCUAUCAGAGCCCCCACACCCAGGGGCGGGGCCAGGCAUGGGAGCCACACCCAGGUCAGGUCUGUUUGACCUUGACUCCUCCACUCUGACCUCUGAUUUGCACCCUGUGACCUCAGAGGGCUGGCUGAAGGUGUUGGACACCCCGUCUCUCCAGGCCAGGAAAGCCUACUACCACUCAGCCUUCCGACCCGUCGUCAAGGACGCAGAAAGCAUCGCCAAGCUCCAUGGCAACCUGGAGGAGUUUGGGUCAGAGCUCCACCUGUCCCCCACGACCAGCUGCAGCUACGCCUCUGAGAGCGGAGGAGAGGGGGAGGAAGGAGAGGUGGAUGUAGAGACCAAGCAGGAGGAGGAAGAGGAACACUCCAAAAGACCAACCCCACCACAGACACACAGCGGCCUGCACCUCCGAGGGCAAAGUGAAGGAUCAGGACUAUGGGAGAGAGGAGAGAAAGAGGCAGUCAACUUUCCCUGCAGCCCUGCAGAUCACAGCCAGGACCAGAGCAGCACAAGCCUGCCUGCCUCUCCUCCUGCUCCCCCUGCCAGUCUCACACUCUCUCUCCCCAGCCCCACACACACCCCGCUGCAACUGGAGGACCAGUCCUACAAACAUGUAAAAACUCAUAAAAGCAGAGACCAUGGACUGCCUGUUUAUGCAACCAAAGAAAACUCCAAAACAGCUGAUGAAAACAAAGAACCUAGCAACUUCUUUGUAUCAGAGACAAAAUCAUCUGACCCUGAGUACUGGAGAGAGAUGGCAGGUGAUCAAACUCAAGAUGGAAGUUCCCCCGUGCCACUAAAGGAGGAUGUUGAGAACAUGGAGAAAGAGGAACUCCAGAAGGUUCUAUUGGAACAGAUCGACCUACGAAGACGACUAGAACAGGAGUUCCACGCUCUGAAGGGAAACUCCCCCUUCCCUGUGUUCCGUAGGUCUACCUCGCUGUCUCACACCCUAAGUCUACCUCGCUGUCUCACACCCUAA